CUCCACACUUAGCGAUCCUGUGUUCGCUGUCCGAUCAGGUGGAGCUACCGGGGUGGUAGUCAAAGGCACAGACGACAGGAAUCCCAUCUCAUUUAGAAUGGACGAUAAAGGAGAAGUGAAGUGUAUUAAGUUUUCCUUAGAAAAUAAGAUACUGGCUGUCCAGAGGACCUCGAAGACUGUGGACUUUUGUAACUUUAUUCCUGAUAAUUCUCAGCUGGAAUACACCCAGGAGUGCAAGACCAAGAAUGCCAACAUACUAGGAUUCUGCUGGACCAGUUCUACUGAAAUCGUCUUCAUAACAGAUCAAGGAAUUGAAUUUUACCAGGUACUACCCGAGAAGCGGAGCCUGAAACUCCUGAAAAGUCAUAAUAUCAAUGUGAACUGGUACAUGUACUGUCCCGAGAGUGCUGUGAUUCUGCUGUCUACCACUGUCCUUGAGAAUGUUCUGCAGCCUUUUUAUUUUAGGGCUGGCACUAUGUCGAAGCUGCCCAAAUUUGAGAUUGAAUUACCAGCUGUACCCAAGUCAACUAAGCUCAGCCUUUCGGAACGGGACAUCGCAAUGGCGACCAUAUAUGGGCAGCUCUAUGUCCUCUUCCUGCGGCAUCAUUCGCGGACCUCCAAUAGCACCGGAGCGGAGGUGGUGUUGUAUCAUCUACCACGAGAGGGCGCCUGUAAGAAGAUGCACAUCCUGAAGUUAAACAGGACUGGGAAGUUUGCCCUGAACGUGGUGGACAACCUGGUCGUCGUCCAUCAUCAGGACACAGAGACGUCUGUGAUAUUUGACAUCAAGCUGCGGGGCGAGUUUGAUGGCUCUGUCACCUACCAUCACCCGGUGCUUCCGGCCCGCUCCAUCCAGCCCUACCAGAUCCCCGCCGCCGGUCCUGCGGCGGUGACCAGCCAGUCCCCUGUCCCCUGUAAACUCUAUUCUUCGUCAUGGAUCGUGUUCCAGCCUGACAUCAUCAUCAGCGCCAGCCAGGGUUACCUCUGGAACCUGCAGGUGAAACUUCAGCCCAUAGUAAAUCUCUUGCCAGAUAAGGGAAGACUGAUGGACUUUCUCGUCCAGAGGAAGGAGUGCAAGAUGGUCAUCCUGUUUGUCUGUUCACAGAUGCUGAGUGAGUCAGACAGAGCCACACUGCCUGUGAUAGCCACUGUUUUUGAUAAACUCAACCACGAGUAUAAGAAGUACCUGGACGCCGAGCAGAGUUACACCAUGGCUGUGGAAGCGGGGCAGAGCCGCAGCAACCCACCUCUCAGAAGGCCUGUGCGGACCCAGGCCGUGGUGGACCAGUCCGAUGUUUACACCCACGUGCUGUCGCCCUUCACAGAAAACAAGGAGAUGCCGCACAAGUUCGUGAUAGCCGUGCUGAUGGAAUACAUCCGCUCUCUGAACCAGUUUCAGAUCGCAGUGCAGCAUUACUUACAUGAGCUGGUGAUCAGGACGCUCGUCCAGCACAACCUCUUCUACACGCUGCACCAGUUCCUGCAGUACCAUGUGCUCAGUGACUCCAAGCCUCUGGCCUGCCUGCUGCUGUCCCUAGAAAGUUUCUACCCUCCCGCCCACCAGCUGUCUCUGGAUAUGCUGAAGCGGCUCUCGACUGCCAAUGACGAGAUAGUAGAAGUCCUGUUGUCCAAACACCAGGUGUUGGCCGCCUUGAGGUUCAUCCGGGGCAUUGGUGGCCACGACAACAUUUCUGCACGGAAAUUUUUAGAUGCUGCAAAGCAGACCGAAGACAACAUGCUCUUCUAUACUAUAUUCCGGUUUUUUGAACAGCGAAACCAGCGUUUGAGAGGGAACCCUAAUUUCACACCAGGAGAACACUGUGAGGAACAUGUUGCUUUUUUUAAACAGGUUUUUGGAGAUCAAGCUCUCAUGAGGCCUACAGCAUUCUGAAAUUAUUUGCUAGGUUUU